AGCUGCAGUCAUUGACCUAAACUUUUCACUUUGAAAUACAUCAACUUCAGACAUGCAAGUCUACUCUCUCUUUUACAGGCAUGUUUUGUUGUUUGUUUUAUACUUACUACCACAAAAUAACGUAUUUGAAUUGGUGAACAGUUUUUCAUUGGUAUCAAGAAAUCAGUGUUUGGCUUUGUUUUGUUAGAGGCUUUUGCUUUUUAUAGAGAAGAUCUUUCCCAGGUAUCUUACUAAAUGCUUGUCUAAAUAGACCUACUACAUAGUUGGGAGGGAUAUAUAGAAAAGGUUUCUGAAAUGUUCAGGCAUCCUAUGAGGAAUUGGUAGGAUUAGUCACUGAAUUAAGAAUUCAUAUGAGAUCCCUUGAUCCAAAGCAUGGAUUUAGUGACCUACAGGUCUUCCUUCCCCUGUUUUUCUAGGAAAAUAAAAGAUUGUUUGGGAAAUGCUGAGACCAGAUCUCGUUUGUUCUGGGGCAGUUUUUGACUCUUUACCUGUUAUUUAUGUAAUAUCUCUUGGUGUUUUGUCAUUAUCUUAUCAUAUCCCAGCUUGUAAAAGGUCUGUGGAAGGAAAACAAAUAUGUAUGUAUACCCACGCUGUUUCAUCUUCUGAUCAUUGUCAUAAGGUAUGGGAUAUAAAAGAUGAAGCAUUUUUACUACUCCCACUGGGAUAAAUAUUGGUCUUAAUCUUAUUGCUUUUAUAUAGGAUUCUGUUUAAGUCCAUGGAAGUGCUACAUUGAUAAGGCCUUUUGGUUCAACUGCUGAGUUUGUGACUUGACUUCCUGCACUCCUCUGCAUCUCUUAAAUUAAGCUUUAGUUUAAGAGAUGGAGGAACUUACCAACUAUUUUUCUUUCUUGACAGCAUAUUGCCUUCAGGAAAUGGCCUCUCCUAAAUCUUUGCUGAGUCUCGUAACCUUCACUUUCGGGUCAACAAUAGGAUUUUUCUUAUGCUAUGUGCUAUUUAGUAUAGUGCUAGAAGAACAAAUUGAGAUCCAUCCUCAUGUUCUUCACAAUGAUCCUCACGGUGAGCACAUAGAAGAAACUGGAAAUAAUCAGCUGGAGGGACAAAUGAACUUCAAUGCAGAUGCUGGGCAGCAUAAAGAUGAAAACAAACUUAUUGCUGAUGAAUUGUAUCAGAAGGUCAAAAUACUCUGUUGGGUCAUGACCGGGCCACAGAAUCUAGAGAAGAAAGCCAAGCAUGUUAAAGCCACUUGGGCUCAGCACUGCAAUAAAAUAUUAUUUAUGAGCUCUGAGGAGAAUAAAGAUUUUCCAACCGUGGGUCUAGAAGCCAAAGAAGGCAGGGACCAGUUGUAUUGGAAAACUAUUAAAGCUUUCCAGUAUGUACAUGAUCAUUAUUUUGAUGAUGCUGACUGGUUUAUGAAAGCAGAUGAUGAUACAUAUGUCAUAUUGGACAAUUUGAGGUGGCUUCUUUCAAAAUACAGUCCAGAACAACCAAUAUACUUUGGAAGAAGGUUCAAGCCUUAUGUGAAACAGGGCUACAUGAGUGGAGGAGCAGGAUAUGUGCUGAGCAAAGAAGCUCUAAAGAGAUUUGUUAAUGCAUUUAAAACCAACAAAUGUUCUCAUAGCUCUUCUAUUGAAGACCUGGCACUAGGAAAAUGCAUGGAGACUAUUAAUGUAGAAGCUGGAGAUUCAAGGGACACAAGUGGUAAAGAAACUUUUCAUCCCUUUGUGCCAGAACAUCUCUUAAUCCGAGGAUACCUACCAAAGACAUUUUGGUAUUGGAAUUAUAAUUAUUAUCCUGCUGUGGAGGGUCCUGGUUGCUGCUCAGAUCUGGCAGUUUCAUUCCACUAUGUUGAUCCCACAACUAUGUAUCAAUUGGAAUAUCUGAUUCAUCAUCUCCGUCCAUAUGGUUACCUGUAUCGGUAUAACCCUGACUCUCCCAAGAGCUUAGAAAAACAAAGCAAGAGUGAAGCAAUGGAUAGCAAUGCAAAAGAUAAAGCAGAAAACCCUUGAAAAUUAAUCAGACUCUUUAUCAACAGUGAAGUGGAUAAUAGUGCACUGAACAAGUAUUGUGGAAUGGUGAGCUAUUUCAUUUAGCUCAGACAGAACACUGGAAUUACUAUUGGUGAUUCUUUGAAAUCAAAUUGUCGUACUGAAAGGCUGCAGACCAUAGGUUGCAAUACAAUGGCUUUCAUUUGUUGGGGUAGUUGGACUUUUCUUAUGGGUGGGUCUUCAGAAUCUAGUCCUACAGCUUUAAAGUGAGCUGUGAAAUUGUAGUUAUGAUACAGUAAUGCAUACUAGAAAAAUGUAUUAAAAUGAGCGGCAGGUGGCCAGGUUCAAGUAUGAUCAUACGGUGUUUCUGUUCCUUUAUUCUUUGCCGUUCUUAUUGCCAUUCUGUUGGGUAAAUGCUAGUACUAGAAAUCAAAUCUUGUGCUACACAGGCUGAGCUUUUUGAGAUGCUGAGGAUACUGAAGAAAUUUGAUG